CAGAUUCAUCCUGCGGCAAAGUUCGUGGUGACGGUGCAGGAGCAUGGUGGGAAAGUUGACAUCUUCAAAUUCGAGCACACGAAAGGGGACGGUACUUCCGACUUUCUGUUCUUGGAUCCGUGCGAGAAGCUCUUGCCGGCGGCACUUGGUAUCCCUGCGUCAAUAGCUGCUUAG